ACGAACACCUUUCAGUCGCAGCGCGUAGCCCGCGAGACUCGAACGCGCGCUCUUGUAAUACGUGUAAUCUCACUUACGGCAGCGCUGAUAAAUCGAAGCGCACGCGGAACUCUUCAAAUCGUCCUAAGAAGCACUCGAGUGUAUUUGCGCAAUUGUAAAUUCAACAUACGAAAAGUGCUUUAUUUCAUUGUAUCAACAAGCGUAUAUUGUAUUGUCCUCGCAACGAUCUUCCGCAUUGAUGGACCUCGGAGUUUACAGUUGCCGACGAGAAGCGGAAAAACAAUCUGCCGGUCGUCAGGGAUUACGAUCACGUCGUGCGAAUCGCGAUUCGAUGGGAGAGAGUCGACGAGAAGAUUGAAAGACGAUGCCGACGACCGCCUUGCACUUUCUCAAGGAUGUGUGACCGUCCUCGCUGACUCUUUUUCGAUACGAGAUUAUUAGCAUGAACGACGACGAUGGAGCAGCGCUACAGGACGGACGUACAACUCGCCGCUGAACUGACCGAGUAGAGAUAGGCGUCUACGCACAGGACAUACGGCUCGAACCGAGAUAAACAAUAUCGGCCACCGGAGCAAACAUUGCCGUCAGGGAAUAAAGAGUCCGGUCGAGAGGAGCGGAUAUAAUUUUUGGAGAAAGAGGAAGGUCGCCACUUUUUUUUUCCUGAGCUGCAGGAAAAAAUAUCGCAAGGAAAUCGACAAGUCAGAAAGUUCCAAUGGGUACCGGAAACGGAAACGAAGAUAAACAAAGCACGAUGUCCCGACUGAGGCCAAUAAAAAUCACGGCAGUGGGCGACGGUAUGGUCGGCAAGACCUGCAUGCUCAUCACGUACACAGAGAAAAAGUUUCCCAUGGAAUACAUCCCCACCGUCUUUGAGAACUAUCCGAAGAAGAUAGAAGUCGACGGCCACGAGUACGACGCCACUCUCUGGGAUACCGCCGGCCAGGAAGAUUACGAAAGACUGAGGCCUUUGUCCUAUCCCAAUACCGACUGCUUUCUGCUGUGCUUCUCCAUAAACGCCCGGAGUUCUUACGAAAACAUAGCCAGCAAGUGGUAUCCCGAACUCAAAGUCCACUGUCCGAAUAUACCGAUAAUCCUUAUUGGCACAAAAAGUGAUCUCAGAGCUGAGAGCGACGAUAUAAUAACACCGAAUGAAUGUAAGAAAAUGAAAAAGAAAAUCCGCGCUUUCAAGUACCUCGAGUGCUCGGCGAAGAUGCAGGAGGGCCUGGACGAGGUCUUUACCGAGGCGGUGCGCGCCGUCCUGAAACGGCCGUCCGCCGCCCGAAAGCUCUGUUGCAUGAUUUAAGCGAGAGAACAUCGAAGCUUCGCUUUGCAUCAAGUUAAGCACGCCAAAGACUUGAAUUUUCUAAACGAUAUUAUCUUGGUGCACGUUUUAUUAUUUAUCAGACGUUGGCAUUGCGUGCCAGCAACGAAUUCAAAUUGUAUGUAUGUACGUCAGCCAGUUUAGCGCUCUGUACACGCGCGCUUUGUAAAUAUGUCUUUUGAGGUGGCGAACUCUUUAUUUAUCAUUCAAUUUUGAAGCUUUCAUUCCGUUCGCUAGAGGCUAAGUACAUGAAGAGAAAAAGAAAUCGAGGAUACAUUCUUUAAUUUAGUUUAAAUUAGAGUGUCUUUUUUAUAAUGCACUUGCGAAGUGAAUCUGGAAGUAAAUGAAGGCAUUGAUUCAUUGACAAAAUUCAAAUUGUAUGAAGUAGAUGUUAGUAACAAAAUAAUGUGUUUGUUCUUUAUCGUAUUUAAAAAAUAUAUAUUUAUAGCAAAAUUACACGAAGAUAUACUUGCGCAUAUUGUCUUGGUUAUCUUGUAUAUGAUUUACAUGAUACCAAAUAUUUUCUAUAAUCCAAACAUUUUUUUUAUGUAAGCGAAAUAAAAAUGGAUAUUACUUAUGAUGUAUGUACAUUAAGCAAAGCACAAUUUGUGGUAUAAUAUAUAAAAGGUAGUAAGAAAUAUUGUACUUCAUUUCUAUUUGACACUGUAUAAGCAAUUGUUAGUGAACUACAAAACAAAUACCAUUUAGGUUCUAAUGUCAAAAAGAAGUUUGACAAUAUUAAACCACAAGAUCAUUACUUGUUUUAUGAACAAAUAGAACUUUUUAUUAUAUAAUGUAUGCGCAGUUAUUUGCCAAUCAUCCUUUUUGAAUUUCUAGAUUUUUAAAUUUGAAGGUUAAAAAAUAUGCGAAACAUACUUGAGUUUUGAUACUUGAAAGUCAUUUUAUUUUCCAAGUCUCAUGUAUUAUUAUAUGUAAUUUUUACAUAAAUUAUGAUAGCAGAAACGACUUUAUAUUAUUACAUUGAUAUAUAAAGACUAAAAGAAUCAAUUGCAAAAUAAACAGUAUCUAUAUCGAGAUGCAAGUUUAAAUAAUAUACAACUUAAAUGUAAAUGUAAUUGAUUAAGUUCAAGAAAUGUUUCUGCAAAGUGUUUUCGUUAAUUAGUAUCACGCUCUUUUCUUUAUAAAAUUAAUAGAAUAUCCUCUAAUACUUAAAAGUUAUUUUUUUUUACACGCCAUCGUCUUUUGUCAUACACUUUUCGUUAUUGUUGGUCACUCGAGUUCAUUCUUAUAUCUCAAUUUUACACUUAAAUUUAACCAGUACACUUUAGAAAGCAGCUUCUCCUAUUGUUCCUACUUUCUGUUGGAGAAUCUUACCGUAGCCCCCUCGGCCACUGUCAAAGUCUGAUCGAUAUUCAUCUCUUACCUGAAAUACAAACAUUGUCAAUUAAACAGUUGUCAAGUAAAUAUGUGAACGAAUAAAGACAUCAACAAAAUGUA